AUGUCAAAACCAGCGUAUCCACACUCUGAAAAUCCAACUCCAGCUUAUCUUCCAACAAAAGGUUCAAUCCUUGACGUUGAUAAAGAAUUCUAUGACUCAAUUUCCAAUACAAAAGCUCGUGAAUUGACUUAUAAAGAAAUAGUCCCAAUUAGAUCAGGUAAAGCAUGGAAAGUUAAAGCAGGUUCAAUUGUUAGAAUCACUACACCGGAAGGCCCACAAGUUUGUGAUUUCAACUGUUGGAAUGCUGAUAAUUUUAGAGAAAGAUUUUGGGCUUCAAGAACAAGACAAUUGCAAAGAUCCCAUGUUGGUAAAUAUGAUAGAUUAUGGUCAAACCUACCAUACUUAAGACCAUUAUUAACAAUCACUGGUGAUUCAAUUAGAGAUCGAUUAAACAUUCAAAAAAUCCAUGAUUUGUUAGGAACUAGAUGUGAUCCAUAUGUUGACAAAGUCUUGAGUGGUGAAGAUAAUGAUUUUCAUUGUCAUUCAAACUUGUAUCGUUCUAUCAUCCCAUAUGGUGGUACUGAAUACGAUGUUCAUGAUGUAUUGAACAUUUUCCAGGUUACGGGUUUAGAUAAAGAAGGUAGGUAUUAUAUGGAAACUUGUCCAGCUGUUUCUGGUGAUUAUUUUGAAUUUUUUGCUGAAGUGGAUUUGUUAUGUGCAAUUAGUGCUUGUCCAGGUGGUGAUUUAAGUGCUUGGGAUUGGGGUGAAGGUGACGAAGAUACUAAAGUCGAUAUGGUUGAUUGUUGCAGACCAUUAGGUAUCGAAGUUUACAAAAUCACUGAUGAUGCAGUUUUGAAAAAUUGGAAAUCCCCAGAAGUUGCCAAUUAUAAAGGGCAACAUGGGUUAAAAUUCCCAACUUUUCAAAAAGAUUGA